AUGGCUACCACAACUGGCGUUACAAGCAGAGCGCCCGCAGUCGUUCGAGCCAGCGAGGCUGAGGUCGGCGCAGGUAGAUUUUUUGAGCGAAACCUGGAGGUUGCCGUGAGACACGUACUCAAAGACGGCGUUGUCGUGAUCCAGGAUGCUAUCAAUCACCAGGUGCUCGACAAGUUGAACGAAAAGAUGAAAGCAGACGCUAUCACCCUCAGCAAAUCAGGUGAUGGAACGCCUUUCAACUACAACAGAGGGAAUCUUCAACAAGACGCUCCUCCUGUUAGGAAGUUCUUCGACCCUAGCAUUUUCCUGAAUCCCCUCGCAACUCAUGUCACAGCCUCGGUAUUAGGGCCACGUCCGAAGUUGACUUUCAUGUCCGGGAACACAGCGAUGCCGGCAACAGAUGAUACUCCAUCCCAAAGGCAACCAGUUCAUGCGGACUCGGAUUUCAGACAUCCUUCGCAUCCGUUUGCGCUCGUCGUCAACGUCGGGCUCACAGACAUGAAUCCAAACAAUGGAUCGACCGAAAUCUGGCUGGGAACACAUAAUGACACCAGCAUUGAUGAUCAAGAAGGAAGCCAUGGGGAACGUGCAAGUGGAAGGAUCAAAGAGGACCUUUUGGAAGAGCGGAGAGCUAUAUUGCCGCCCCUUCAACCCACUAUUCCCAAAGGUUCCAUCAUCAUCCGCGACCUGAGGCUAUGGCAUGCUGGAAUGCCAAAUUUGUCAUCAGAUAUUCGCGUUAUGCUAGCCAUGAUUCAUUUCGCUCCGUGGUAUCGGAAUCCGAUGCGUUUGGAACUCGGUGAGGGCAUAAGGCCAGUGAUCGAGGCCGAAAAAGAUCUCGAUGUCCGCGCAGAUUAUGUUCCAGAAGAGCUUGCACUGAGCCGAUAUCUCAAUCGAGGAUUCGGCAAUAGCUAUGACUUCAAUCAGACUCCCUGA